GCUUAAACCCCACAAAAAUAUUAAGUAAAUGUUUAGCGUAAAGCGUUUAUCGAUCUAGAUUAUUUGGCACCCGUCUACAAAUCAAGAACGGCUACUCUAACGUGUUUUAAAUCAUUUCAACAUGGCCGACGUUCCAGAAAAUGCUCCAGAGCAUUGUCCAGGUACAGGCAGUGAGGAUGCUGGGAAAGCAAGUGCAUGUGAAGGCUGCCCUAACAAGAAUGUAUGCACAAGUUUACCAAAAGGGCCUGAUCCAGCAAUAGCUGAGGUUGGUCAAAAACUUUCAUCAGUAAAACAUAAGAUUAUCAUCUUGUCUGGAAAAGGAGGAGUAGGAAAAAGUACUUUCACAGCACAUUUAGCUCAUGGCCUUGCUUCUGAUGAAGACAAACAGGUAGCUGUGUUAGAUGUGGAUAUAUGUGGACCCUCAAUGCCUAAAAUACUUGGUGUAGAAGGAGAGCAGGUUCACAACAGUGGUUCAGGAUGGUCACCUGUGUAUGUGAGUGAUAAUCUAGCUGUAAUGUCUAUAGCUUUCCUCCUGUCCGGUCCAGAUGAUGCUGUUAUAUGGAGAGGACCAAAGAAAAAUGGAUUGAUAAAGCAGUUUUUAAAGGAUGUAGAUUGGGGUGAUGUAGAUUAUUUGGUGAUAGACACGCCCCCUGGAACAUCAGACGAACAUCUGUCAGUUGUACAGUAUCUCAGCGAGGCUAAUGUAGAUGGAGCUGUAGUCAUCACAACACCACAGGAGAUAUCACUGUUGGAUGUUAGGAAAGAGAUUAAUUUCUGUCAGAAAGUCAAGCUGCCAAUCAUAGGAAUUGUCGAGAACAUGAGUGGGUUUGUCUGUCCUAAAUGUAAAACAGAAUCUCAGAUUUUUCCUCCAACAACUGGUGGGGGAGAAAAGCUGGCUAAGGAUUUCAACUUACCAUUUUUAGGGCAUUUACCCCUGGAUCCAAGGAUAGGUAAAUGUUGUGACGAGGGUAAAUCCUACCUGACAGAGGUACCAGACUCCCCGGCCUCACAGUCCUUUGCUACUAUCAUAGACAAAAUAAAAGAUCACUGUAGAAAGUUGCGAGAGAGUAGACAGUCUGAAACAGGGGAGACAAGUGCAAACAUGGAAACAUCUUGAAGAACUGGGUCCAAUGAUGUAUUAAUGUCUACUACAUCAGUGCACAAGGGUGAUCACACUGCUUUGAUUGUACACUAAAACACUGUAAUUGGAUCAGUACAGUUUGUCAUUAGCACAUGGCUAGUUUUUAUUAUAUUGAAUAUUAUAGGUUAUAUUUUGUGUUGAGAAAGUUUUUUGUCAUCAAGUUUUCAUCCUCAUUGAAGUAGUAGCAGCAAAAUUGGCUACUGUGAUGGUAUUUGAAGAGAGCCAGGUCAGCCAGCACAUUUAAACAGUUUGAUCAGAUCAUUUUGUUGACUUUGUCAAUCUUGUUAUAUUAUUUGUCAAUCUUGUUAUAUUAUUGAUGUCGAAAUCCACCAUAGUAACACUAAACAUUUUAUUUUUUAAAACAUGACAAAUUAAUUACACCAAUUUAAACUUUAAGCAGGGUUAAACUUUUGACUUCUAAAGAUGUAUCAAAGAUGAUAAAGAAACCAUAGUUUCUUUGAGAGCAAGUUGCAAAUUUUAGUUCACUGUGUUUUGUUAACAUAAUUGUUUUGUGAAGUGUUAUAUUAAGGGACUCUUUAAAUGAUUGUUCAAGGGGUUUAUUAUUGAUAGUCAAGAUGGCUUUCAUUUCAUAUUUAAAUUAGAUAGUCUAUUUUUUUUAAUAUAUACAAUAGUUCCUGUAUGUCUGUUAAAGUUAAAUGUCACUGUUUUUAACUUUGCAGGUCCCAAUUAAUAGAUUGGUAUAUUGUGUGUGCCAUAUACAUAUCUAUAAUUUUAUGCAUAAUAUUAGUGCUACAAGAAUUUUAUACAUGUCUGUUACAAGGAUGAAAUAAAAAGAGAUACAUAGAAUUUUCAUGUUAAUAUAAAUGCUGUUUUUAUCAUGGCAAGAUAUGUAAGCUGCACAUUGUGCAAAAUGCAUUGUAACAGCAUCUUGCAAAAAUGUUUGUUACGGAUUACUGGUAUUUUUUAUUAAUCUUUGUUUUACUGUACACAAUGAUAAUUAAAGAUGUCUUUUACUAAAAA